UGCUAAUCAGUAACAAUGUUUUUCACACUCAAAGAGAUUGUACAGUGGAUAGGAUUAACAGUGUUUGAAAUAUGGAUAAACCUCAUAACAUUAACUAUAUUUUCUGCGCUAUUGGCAAUGAAGAUUGACGGUGUAGUGAACAGUGCUUGGUGGACAAUAUUUGCCCCACUGUUUGUGAGUGAUGCUAUGAAUGCAUAUUUCUGCUGUAUUGUAUGCAUACGUAUGAACUAUGAAAGUUCAUACAGAGCUUCACUGUACAGAGCCUCAUGGAGUGGUAUAUUCUUAGGUCUAACUUUUGUAUUUAAAUUUUUACUAUGUAGAAAACUACAAGGUGAUUCAGGGAUUGAAUUCAGUGAAGUGUUUGCACCUUUGUUUAUACUGCUGCAGUUGAUAGCGGUGAGGGCUUGUCAGUUGCAUCAGUAAUGUAAUCGUAAUUUAUCCAUAUUUUUACUGUUUAAACUUAAUGGAAAAUCA